CAACAGCUCAUCAAAACAAGAAACUUCUCUCUAGUGCUUCUCCAUUUUCAUCCUUCAUUUCCCCUUCCAAAAUACACUUUUGCUUGCAAGAUCUUUCCCUCACCCAUGGCUCAUAAAGUAGAUCUGCUUUUACUGAUCUUAUUUCUAGUCUGGUGCUGUAACACCUCCUCUAGUACCAGUCCCGAGGCCGAAAUUCUCAUCAAGUUCAAGAGCUCUCUUUCACACAACCCUGCCUUGGACAAUUGGAACGUGUCCAUCAACAUCUGUGACGAUGAUGCAAAAACUAAAGGUUUCUGGACUGGUGUGACUUGUAAAGAUGGAGCUCUGUUUGGGUUACGGCUAGAGAACAUGAGCUUAAGUGGGUUUAUCGACAUAGACGUGCUCAUGAACUUGACAUCUCUAAGAAGCUUAAGCUUCAUGAACAAUAGCUUUCAUGGUUCGAUGCCUCCUGUUAGGAAACUGGGAGCAUUAAGAGCUUUAUAUCUUGCAUACAACAAAUUCUCUGGUACAAUACCUGAUGAUGCUUUUCAAGAUAUGAGGUCUCUGAAAACGGUGCGUUUAGAAGAGAAUGCGUUCAAAGGAGGAAUUCCAAGUUCCCUUUCUAGUUUGCCAGCAUUAGUGGAAUUAAGCCUUGAAGGGAAUAGAUUUGAAGGCAGAAUCCCUGAUUUUAUACCAAGGGAUUGGAAGUUGUUUGAUUUGUCCAAUAACCAAUUGGAGGGUUCAAUCCCUUCUGGCUUAGCCAAUAUCGACCCCAUUGCUUUUGCAGGGAAUAACGAGUUAUGUGGAAAACCACUUAGCCGAUGCAAAUCUCCAAAGAAGUGGUACAUCCUCAUAGGAGUCACCGUCGGAAUCAUCUUCUUAGCGAUCGCUGUCAUUUCCCAUCGCUACCGCCGCCGCAAGGCUUUACUAUUAGCAGCGGAAGAAGCCCACAACAAAUUGGGCCUGUCAAAGGUCCAAUAUCAAGAACAAACAGAAGAAAACGCGAAGCUCCAAUUUGUUCGGGCCGACAGGCCCAUAUUUGACUUAGAGGAGCUGUUGACGGCCCCAGCAGAAGUAUUGGGCGGUGGAAGUUUUGGGUCAUCUUAUAAGGCCCUACUUUCAAAUGGGCCUCCGGUGAUUGUGAAAAGGCUUCGGCCCAUGAGAUGUGUUGGGUUCGAGGAGUUUCAUGAGCAUAUGAAAAAACUUGGCUCAAUUUCACAUACUAAUUUGCUUCCUCCUCUGGCUUUCUAUUAUAGAAAUGAAGAUAAGCUUCUGAUUUCGGAGUUCGUGGGGAAUGGGAACUUAGCUGAUCAUCUUCAUGGCCAAGCUCAGCGUACGCCUGGAAAUAUUGGGCUGGACUGGCCAACGCGGUUACGGAUCAUAAAAGGAGUGGGGCGAGGGCUGGCCCAUUUACAUAGAGCAUUACCGAGCCUGAGCCUACCACACGGCCACUUAAAAUCCUCCAACAUUCUUCUUAACAGCAACUACGAGCCUCUAUUAACCGACUUCGGCCUGGAUCCUCUAGUUUGCCAUGACCAAGGCCAUCAAUUCAUGGCAGCCUACAAGUCGCCGGAGUACAUCCGGCACCGCCGAGUCUCCAGAAAGACCGACGUGUGGAGCCUCGGAAUUCUGAUCCUGGAGCUUCUGACAGGGAAGUUUCCGGCGAACUAUCUGAGGCAGGGAGGAGGUACGGGGAACGGAGACCUGGCGGCGUGGGUGAAGUCGGCGGUGAGGGAGGAGUGGACGGCGGAGGUAUUCGAUGGGGAUAUGAUGAAGGGAACGAAGAACGAAGACGGGGAAAUGGUGCGUUUGUUAAGGAUAGGAAUGAAUUGCAGUGAAGAGGAGGAAGAUCAACGGUGGGGAUUGAAGGAGGCGGUGGAGAAGAUUGAGGAAUUGAAGGAGACAGAAAUUUCUACUGAUGAUGAAUUUUAUUCGUCUUAUGGUAGUGAAGUUGAAGUUAGAUCUGUAGGGAGAGAAUAGGGUUUUUUUUUUUAAAGAUAUUUGAAAUAUUUUGCUUAUCUUUUCCACGUUAUUUUAUUUUUAAAUCUCUAAA